AUGGCUGCAAAAAUGACCAUUGGACUGGUCAAAUCAGCCGUGGUGACAUUUUCAGACGUGGUUGGUGAAAGAAGUAACCAGAUCAGUAGGGCUAUGCGUGAACCGCAGCGGCAGCGCAAAAUACUCCUCGUCAUAGUGUGCAUCGCAAUGUUACUGGACAACAUGCUCUACAUGGUGAUUGUACCCAUUAUACCAAACUACCUUGAAACUAUAAGAACUUACAAACUGGUGUACGUUACAUCACCUUCCAAUGGGACCAAUGGGUCUCUUCUCAACUCCACGCAGAGACCUGUCUUGGAGAGGAACCCGAACGCAAACGAAGACAUACAAAUCGGAGUGCUGUUCGCCUCCAAAGCGAUCCUUCAGCUGCUCUCCAACCCACUGACUGGUACCUUCAUUGACCGCGUAGGGUACGACAUUCCGCUGCUGAUAGGACUCACCAUUAUGUUUUUCUCCACCCUCACGUUUGCUUUCGGCGAGAGCUAUGCCAUGCUGUUCAUAGCCAGGAGCAUGCAAGGGCUGGGCUCCGCGUUCGCGGACACCUCGGGGAUCGCCAUGAUCGCGGACAAGUACACGGAGGAAUCGGAGAGGAGCACAGCCCUCGGCAUUGCCUUGGCUUUCAUCUCCUUCGGGAGCUUAGUGGCGCCCCCCUUUGGUGGUAUAUUAUAUCAGUUCGCGGGCAAGCGUGUCCCCUUCCUAGUGCUAUCGCUUGUCUCCCUGCUGGACGGUAUUUUGUUACUCAUGGUCAUCACGCCCUUCACUAAUAGAACACGUCAAAACAUGCCGCAGGGCACUCCUAUCUAUAAGCUGAUGAUCGAUCCCUACAUUGCUGUAGUAGCCGGCGCCCUCACCACCUGUAACAUCCCCCUCGCUUUCUUAGAACCGACCAUAUCAAAAUGGAUGAAAAAGACAAUGAAUGCCAGCGAAUGGCAAAUGGGACUAACAUGGUUACCGGCAUUUUUCCCGCACAUCCUAGGCGUGUACAUCACUGUAAAGCUAGCUGCUAAAUAUCCCAAUUACCAAUGGUUCUAUGGAGCGUUAGGUUUGGUUAUUAUAGGUGCUAGCUCGUGCACUGUCCCAGCCUGCAGAAAUUUUGAAGAACUCAUCAUCCCAUUGUGUGCCCUUUGCUUUGGGAUCGCUCUGGUGGACACCGCUCUCUUGCCCACCCUUGCCUUCCUUGUAGACAUGCGUUAUGUCUCCGUGUACGGUAGUGUGUAUGCCAUAGCAGACAUCUCCUAUUCUGUUGCCUAUGCCUUGGGCCCCAUUUUGGCUGGACAAAUUGUCCACACACUGGGCUUUGUUCAGCUCAACCUUGGCAUGGGCUUGGUCAACAUCCUCUAUGCCCCUACCUUGCUGUUCCUCAGAAACGUGUGUCAAAUGAAACCCUCGCUUUCUGAGAGAAAUGUCCUGUUGGAGGAGGGUCCGAGGGGUUUGUAUGACACCAUCAUAAUGGAAGAACGCAAGGCGGCUAAGAAAACCCACGGCAGCUCUGCCGGUAACCUCUCCAUGUCCGCAGUGCUAGAUAACUCCGACAUAGAGGACGCCAGUGAAUAG